GGCAUUUUGUAUUUUAGAGUAUUUAAAGAACCAAUGACAAGUGUAAGUUUUAAAAAGGCUGUGAAAUACUAGUCUAACGUUCUUUUAUGUUUAAUUUCGUGCAUAUCUUUUCAACACGCCUACUCAGUGCAUUACGGUAACGUGAUGUAGGCGUGCUUUGCGUCGGAAUGUACCAUUUUGGCCAACAAACCGGGAAGGAUUUUGUUGUGACAGCGAAGUAACAACCCGGCGGGGGGACACGGUCACAACAUAAGUUUGCUCAUCUUGGCUCAACAAUGGCCUUCAGUAAGGGAUAUCGCAUCUACCACAAGCUGGACCCACCCCCCUACAGUGUCAUAGUGGAAACGAGGACCAGAGAAGAAUGCCUCAUGUUUGAGUCAGGGGCUGUUGCUGUGCUAUCUGCAGCAGAGAAAGAGGCCAUUAAAAACACAUACACCAAGAUAGUGGAUGCAUAUGGAAUCCUAGGUGUCCUCCGCUUAAACUUGGGAGACUCAAUGCUCCACAGUCUGGUGGUUGUGACAGGAUGCAGCUCUGUGGGGAAGGUGCAGGACUCAGAGGUUUUCAGAGUCACACAGACAGACUUUAUAUCACUGAAGAAUGAUCCAGGAGAUGAGGACCGGAUUGCUGAGGUACGAAAGGUCCUGAACUCGGGACAUUUCUACUUUGCCUGGUCUUCCACUGGAAUCAGCAUGGAUUUGAGUCUGAAUGCACGUCGCAGGAUCCUAGAAGACACGACAGAUAACCGCUUCUUCUGGAACCAGUCUCUGCAUCUGCACCUCAAACACUAUGGAGUUAACUGUGACGACUGGCUGUUGAGGCUGAUGUGCGGUGGUGUGGAGAUCAGAACCAUCUAUGCCGGACACAAACAGGCCAAAGCCUGCAUUUUUUCACGUCUCAGCUCAGAGCGGGCCGGCACACGAUUUAAUGUCAGAGGAACAAAUGAUGACGGACAGGUGGCUAACUUUGUGGAGACUGAACAGGUUAUUUUCCUGGAUGACAGAGUCUCGUCAUUCAUACAGAUUCGUGGGUCCAUCCCUUUAUUCUGGGAACAGCCAGGAAUCCAGGUUGGUUCCCAUCGUGUCAAACUCUCCAGAGGAUUUGAGGCUAAUGCACCAGCAUUCGAAAGACACUUCACUGCACUGCGUAGGUUGUAUGGUAAACAGGUGAUCAUCAACCUGCUUGGAAGUAAGGAAGGGGAGCACAUGCUCAGCAAAGCAUUUCAGAGUCACUUGAAGGCAUCAGAGCACUCAUCAGCAGUGAAAAUGGUAAACUUCGACUAUCACCAAAAUGUGAAGGGAGGCAAGGCAGACAAACUUCACAGUGUCCUUAAACCCUCUCUCAGCAAGUUUAUAGAGGAGUGUGGUUUCUUCUACUACUCUGGAGAGUCCGGCAUCACAAGGACUCAGGGUGGGACCAUAAGGACAAACUGCCUGGACUGUCUGGACAGAACCAACAGCGUGCAAGCCUUUUUUGCCCUUGAGAUGCUGCCAAAACAGCUGGAGGAGAUGGGUCUGACAGAGAAACCUCAGUUAGUGGCCAGGUUCCAGGAGGUUUUUAGGACCAUGUGGUCUGCCAACGGAGACUCUGUCAGCAAAAUCUACGCGGGCACUGGCGCCCUGGAUGGCAAAGCUAAGGCGGGGAAGCUCAAAGAUGGAGCCCGUUCUGUAACAAGGACCAUCCAGAACAACUUCUUUGACACCUCUAAGCAGGAGGCUAUAGACAUCUUGAGGCUGGGCUCCACACUCAACAGUGACCUGGCUGACAAAGCUCGAGCCUUGCUCACCACUUCUAGUCUUUACGUCACUGAGCCGGUCUUACAAUCAGCCUCUCCUAGAGUAUUGCUGGGAAUGUGCCAGAGCUACCAAAAAUACACAAAGCCCAAGCAGAUCAGGGUGUGCGUUGGCACCUGGAAUGUCAACGGGGGUAAACAGUUUCGCAGCAUUGCUUUCCGCAACCAGACACUGAAUGACUGGCUGUUGGAUGCUCCAAAGAAGGCGGGUCAUCCUGAGUUUCAGGACAGCAAAGCCAACCCUAUAGAUAUCUUUGCCAUUGGCUUUGAGGAAAUGGUUGAACUGAAUGCCGGAAACAUUGUCAGUGCCAGCACGACGAACCAGAAACUUUGGGCAGCUGAGCUGCAGAAAAACAUAUCACGGGAUCACAAGUAUGUGCUGCUUGCUUCAGAGCAGCUGGUGGGCGUGUGUCUGUUUGUAUUCAUCCGCCCGCAGCACGCACCCUUCAUCAGAGAUGUUGCUGUAGAUACUGUAAAGACUGGGAUGGGUGGGGCUACAGGUAACAAAGGAGGUGUCGCUAUCCGCAUGUUGUUCCACACCACUAGCAUCUGCUUCGUCUGCUCCCACUUUGCUGCUGGACAGUCACAGGUCAAGGAGAGAAAUGACGAUUACAAUGAGAUCACACGCAGACUCGGCUUCCCCAUGGGUCGUCUGCUGUACUCACAUGACUACGUAUUCUGGUGUGGAGACUUUAACUAUCGGAUCAGCCUGCCCAAUGAGGAGGUCAAAGAACUUAUCAAACAACAGAACUGGGAUGCACUGACAGCAGGAGACCAGCUGUUGGAUCAGAAGAAUGCUGGUUUGGUUUUCCGAGGUUUUAUUGAGGGGAAUUUAGAUUUUGCCCCUACCUACAAGUACGACCUCUUCUCUGAGGAUUAUGACACCAGCGAGAAAUGCCGUACACCAGCCUGGACUGACCGCAUUCUCUGGAAGAGGAGGAAGUGGAACUUUGACAAAACAGCUGAGGAGAUGAAUGUAGUAGGAGCAGCUUCCACAUCUGGAGAAAAAGAGGACAAUCCUGAACACCCUUGGAGUCCUGGGACUCUAAAGUACUAUGGCAGGGCUGAGCUUAAGACCUCAGACCACAGGCCUGUGGUGGCAAUAAUGGAUGUGGACAUCCUGGAGGUGGACCCAGAGGCUCGGCACCAGGUAUACAAAGAUGUCAUCGCCUUGCAGGGACCUCCAGACGGCACCAUCCUGGUGUCACUCUGCUCCUCUGGCCCUGACGACUACUUUGAUGAUCCCCUCAUUGACGAGCUGCUGGACAAGUUUGCUAAUUUUGGAGAGGUCAUUCUCAUCAGGUUUGUUGAAGAGAAGAUGUGGGUGACUUUCCUGGAAGGAUACUCUGCUCUUGCUGCUCUUUCUCUCAGUGCUUCCACUGUGCUUGGUAAGGUGAUUGACAUCCGUCUGAAGAGUCCAGGUUGGAUCAAGAGUCUAGAGGAGGAGAUGAGUGUAGAGAGGAUCUGUGGAAGCAUCCCCACCUCAGCCAGCUCCACCCUGCUGGCUGAGGACACUGACAUGGGCGAUGACGAUUACGAUAUGGAAGGUGAUGUGGAUGAGGAAGUGGAGGAGAUUCUUCCUCAGCACCUGCAACCCGGUUUAGGCUCUGGCCCUGGAUCUUCCCCCCUCCCCUCCCCCCGCAGCAGUCCCUGUCCCUCCCCCACCCACGGUGAACCUGCAGCUCCAAGCAGGCCCAGUCGUUCUGCACAACCUCCUCGACCUUCAACAGAUUUAAGUCCCGCAUCACAGAGGAGAGACAUGCCAGGGCCUCCUGUUGACUUCCAGCCCGGUGCUCCCACAUCUCAAAGCAUGGAGCCAAAACGCCCUCCCCCUCCUCGUCCCAAUGCCCCACCAGCCAGACCAGCACCCCCUCAACGCCCGCCACCACCAUCAGGCGGCAUGAGCCCCCUGCCAGGUAGAAGGGACUCUGCAGACUCUGGGAAAUGUCCCAGCCCAUUCCUGGGUAGGAGAGGCAGUGAAGGACCAAAAAGCCCCGCUCUUCCUCGGCCAGAUGCUGCAGGUCGGGGUCAGGCAGCAGUGGGGGCUCCUGGUCCUGGAGGUGUUUCCAGACCAAAUAUCCCACCUCGAGCUGGGGUAAUCAGCAUGCCCCCUCAGUCUCGCCCGCCACCUCCCUCCCACCCUGGAGCACCCAGACCCAUCCCAGAGGUGCAUCCUGGGGCCCCUCGGCCCAUCCCAGACACCCACCCAGGAGCCCCACGACCUAUUCCCAGUGCACAGGCUAAACCUCCUGACCUGCCUCCAGGUCCUCCAUCUUCAGGACAUCCUCCUACAGAGCCCCCUACAGCAAGACCCCAGAUUCCCCCACCCAUGCAGCCCCAGCCAGCUGCACCCCCAGCUCAGUCCCAACUCCCUGCACCAAUGCAGCCCACACUGCCACAGCAGGGUGCAACUGCCGCUCCCCCUGCUGGGCCUCCACAGGCUCUCUCCUCUCCUAAACCCCCACCACGUUCUCGCUCCUCUCAUGCUCUGCCACCUGAUGCUGCCAAGUCUGAGACGGCCCCAGCUGCGCAGACUAAUGGACUGAAUGGGAUCCAAAGAGAAGCACAAUGGAAGGCCGACCCCUUUGACACACUUGCACCUGACUUCCUCUCCUCUGCCUCGUCCACGUCCUCUUCCUCCUGGCACAACACCCAGUCCUUGACCAGAGGCUCCUCUCUGCGUGCACCCCCUGCCAUUCCUGCCUCUAAGUCAUCUUCCAAGUCAUCCUCCAACACUCUUCCUUCAUCCUUCUCUCUCCAGUCAUCUGCUCUGUCUGACCUGCAAUUCCUUGAUUCAUCAUCCUCAUCCUCUCUCUCCACACCAUCACCUUUUGCCUCCUCUCUGCUCCCACCCCCACCGAUCCCAUCUCGCAGCCGCUCGCAAGAAACGCUCCGUGCCUCCCCAUGCGCCUUCCCGACCGACCCGCUUCCUGCCAGACCCAGUAGCACCAACCCAUUCACAGGUCCUCUGGUACAGCAGCAGCAGCGGUCGCUCACACCGGAUUUUAGUGCACAACGUCCCGCCCCCACUCAAAAUCUUCAGAGGACAAUGUCUGCCUUUACUCAGCCUCUUAUCCCAACACCAGCCCCUACCCCUGCACCCAUCUCCCAGCUCCAAAGGACCAUGUCCCUGUUCGGGCCAACACCCACUUCAGAUCCUAUACCUCCCUCUCUGCUGCGCCCCCUCCAUCCUGACCCAUCUGCUGCACCCGCUUUGCCUCUGGCGCCACCCUCUUCCCUUCCACCUGCCCUCGCUCCUCGUCACCAACUGCCUGCCCCUGCAGGGAAAAAGCAGUGGGUCACUUUUGAUGAGGAUUUUGAUUUCACAAUAAAAAACAAAACACCACAGGCCCCAGCUGUCCCCUCCAGGUCUCAGACUCUGCCUCAAGCCCCCUGCUACAUGUUCGACUCAGAACCCGACUGGUUAACCUCAGCCACCUCUGUAUUCCCAGACCUCCCUCCUCCCAUUCCUACCAGGACUGCAACCACUAACCCAAAGCUCCCAGAGGGACCCAAUGACGACUGCUUCUUCUCCAGGGAGUCCACAGAAAGAUAGGAUAACUUAGUGUAUAAAGGGCAUAUCCAGAUAUGUAUAGAUCUAUGAUAAAUGUGUAUAUGUUUGUGUAUGUACAAAAGAGACAGUAUUUAAGAAGUAUAGACCAAUCCCAUUCUGAGCAGAGGAUUAAUGUUCAAGCAGUAACAUGAGAAGUGUACAAUCCUACAUGUGUGUUCCAACACAGAUGUUUGCUUGUGCCCUGAUGUGUCAACUUAUUUUGAUAUCAAUCCAUCUGAUUUAUUUGUGGCAGCAAAUGUGUCUGUGUCCACAGUAUAUAUACCCAGUCAAUGUAUAAAAAGUACAUGUAUACGCACAAAACGUGUGUGCAACCACUUGUGCAAUAUCAAAACAUGUCUGUGUGGCUGUGCAGCUUUCAGUGUUACCUUUGCAAUCGCUGGCUGAAGCACUGCAGAUCACAUCCAACCUUUUGACUGAUCUGUAAGUCAGAGCCGGAUAGUCUGAGCAGAGAGUUAGCACUCUACGUACUCAGCUGAACACUGCAGGUUUUACUUUUAUCUUUGCUUUGACUUGCAAGGAUAAUGCUCUUUUUUGUCUGAGGGGUGCAAAUUUAAGAGUUCUGCACUUGAUUUUUAUCAUGAAUGUAAUUUGUUUCACGGGCAUUCUGUCAUUGCUUCACCAGACAUCGUCACAGCCAGUCCAACUGUUCACUGCUGCAGGUCUGACACUCUACAAUAUCAGCUCAUCUCCUUAAACCAAGAGGUUUUUGUUCUGUCAUUUUAUCCGUGAGAUUUUACUCUUUGCAUCAUAUAUUUUGUAGCUCUAUAUUAAGACCUAUACAUAGUGAUUAUGUAUAAAAUGUGGGUUUUCAGUAUGAACAAUUCCUGCUUAACGUGUGUGAUUGUAUCAGUGGUUUGCAAAAAGUACCUGAUAUGCACUGAGAUGCUUGUUGGUUGUGUUCUUGAGCGUCAAAAGAAGCACCUGCAGACUGAACAGAUGAGAGAGGCUUUAACAUUUAUAUUGUUUUCAUCCAAAGCAUUUAAGCGUUCUUACAUUGUAAAUUCAGAGAAUGUGGCUCCUGGGUGCGUGUGUAUUCUCCCAAGUACAACAGGAUCAGUGAACAAUGAAAGGGCACUUUUUUUUACUUUGUUAAUGCAGAAGUCAUGCUUUUAAUUUCCAGGAACAUUCACCCUAAAUAAUCUAUUGUUGAUACUGUGGUGAGAAGUAAUGUGUUGUGUUUGAGGUGCAUAUUGUCCGUUGUGGUGUUUGUGUUUGAAUGUGAGUGUGUGUACAGAGUUCAGAGUGGACUUAUUCCUUAUCAAGAAGUCUUUUCUUUUAAAUCACACAGUGUAUUUGCUUCCAGGUUCCACUAUACUCACUCACUUACAACUAAUUUUUAAUUCUGCUCUCUAGCCUAAAAGAGCUGUGGAGCUGUUGCCCAAGGUUUCUAUUCUCAACAGUACCUGAGUUUUUCUCUGUAGCAGUACCAUAAGAUUAGUCACUACGCUGACUGAAUAUACAGACUCAACUUUACUUUGUGCUUGAACCAAAUGCACCACCAGAUACACAUUUCCAGUCAAGUGUUUGCUGUUUCUUUCCCGAGCGCACAUUCCACACAGUAAUGUGAUUUUGAGUGUUGGGUGUCAAACUCUUCUUUAUUGAUCUGAUCGAUAUCCGUUUUCUCCUAAGGGAUGGUUAAUGAACCCAGCUGAUUUCAUGAGGUGUGUGUGCAUAGGUGAUGUGUCAGUAUUUCAAUUUCAACCAUACACUGCUGAUGACGAGUUGAACUUGUCAGGGUCAAUGUUGACAAGCAAUAGUUUUGCUAAAGGAUCAUUGAGACUACAAUCCUUUAUUACAUGACACAUGCAAGAUGUCAAAUCAGACCGCUUCCCCCAAAAGCUUCAGAAAUUAUACAAAAAAAUCUUUAAGGGAUUUGAUGGAGGAUCUGACCCAUGAUAACUAAUGCUUUUGCGCUUUAUUAAACACAGUAUAAUAGACAUAUAAAGUAGUUGUCAUUCACUGCACUGAAAGCAGAAGCUAUCUGUGUAAGCAAGUGUAUAAGGUUGCCUCUGCUUACAUGUCGAUGUCAUCUGUCAAAUGCAUUUAUUGUGUUAUCCAAAUGUGUGCAGUAGAUAACUGGUUCCGCAUUAACAGUAGGUGACUAGCCAGCGCUUUGUGUCAUGUUCAGAUUGAGAUUUUAUAGGAAAACAAAUGCUCCUUUUGUGAGGUCAGUGUCCCUUUUUAUGGCUAUAAUCCAUAGUAAAUAAGAGUCUGUGUUGUUGAACAUAUUGUACGUAUUAAAGAGAAAACAUGAAGCUGCGAUUCAUGUUAAUAUCCAACGUUCCAUAUUUUAAGUGCACAGCAGGCUGCACAUUUAUGUAUGAAGCAGUUUAUGUUGUAUGUAUGCAAAAAUAAAUGUAUGUUUACCUCA